AUUUACCAACCAACUGCUUCUGUCCCUGUUCGAACAAGUUUGCCUGGCAUAUGCAGUCUAUUCACACCGGUAAUGUUGCCGCUGUUUGGCGGUCACUUCUCCUGACGUCUUCUCUAUUAUCAUCCUUUGCAUUGGCCAGCUUUACCCUAUCCCAUCUGGUGCACCUUUUCGGAUAUACAGGCGAACAUUCGCUAUUCACCCACGUUUGGCGGGGAGGCGUGGGUGAAUAUCCUUGCAACUCGUGGACCCUCAUCCCGAUGCUGGAUUCAUGACGAUGUUGAGCCUCACUCACUGACCGCCCGCCUCAGUCCACUCUAGGCCGGUCGACCCGUCCCGUUUAGAGAUAUUAAUGACAUUUACACUGCGUAUGGAUCUAAUUACGUUGUCCCGCAUGUUUGUAGCGGCUUGUGGGGGGUUUUUCGCCAAUGUUGAUAUUACUCCCGAAUAUGUUCGUCUACUCCGACGAAUGCUGACUUGGUAUGGUAUGGCACGGUAAAGUCACAUUUUGUCAUUAUAACAUAAUCCGGA